AUGCCGAAAUUCGUUCUGGUGACAGGCGCAACUGGCUUCAUCGGCGCCCACAUAGUCGAUGCGCUGCUUGCUCGCGGCCUGCGCGUGCGGGGAGCCACGCGUUCACUGGAAAAAGGCGAUGCGAUGCUAAAGAAGCGCCCGCAGUAUAAAGGAAUGCUCGAAUUCGUUCAGAUUGCCGAUUUUGAAAAUCCUGGGGGUCUCGUGGAAGCCGUCAGGGGAGUAGACGGGGUGAUUCACACGGCCAGUCCAUUCACCUACAACACAGUCAACAACGAGCGAGAGCUCGUUAUCCCUGCCAUCAACGGUGUACGUGCGGUUCUCGAUGCUGCUAGCACCAACCCCCAGAUAACUCGCAUCGUCCUUACUUCUUCGUUUGCGUCCGUUAUCGAUAUAAAUCGAAAGGGUCCGCCUUACUUCACCUACACCGGGGCGGACUGGAACCCCCUCACAUACGAAGAAUCGGUGGAUCCAGCAACAAACGCCGUCAUCGCGUAUCGUGGCUCGAAGAAGUUCGCGGAACUCGAGGCCUGGAAAUAUAUCGACGAACACAGUCCAAAUUUUGACCUCGUCGCACUGUGCCCGCCAAUGACCUUCGGGCCGAUAGUGCACCCUGUCUCCAACGUGAAGGAUCUCAAUGAAUCCAAUGCGAUGCUGUGGAAGAUUGCCGAGGGAACGAACCCUCUUCCUAUUUCCCGAGUCCCCUUCUGGAUCGACGUCCGCGACCUUGCUACUGCACAUGUGGAGUCGUUACUUCGCAGUGAGGUAGGUGGCAAACGAUAUGUGCCAUCAUCUCCAGAGCGAUUUUCUUAUGGUCUGGCUGCAAAGAUCAUGAGGGAGGAGUUUCCGCAUUUGAACGGCACGGUGUCACAAGAGGAGCAAACAAUUGAUGACUCGUGCGGCUUGGAUGGACAGACUGUCGCGAAGGAAUUGGGGUAUGAGUAUCACUCUUUCCGAGAUACCGUGAAGGACCUUGUAGCACAAGCCAUUGCGUUAAGCACAAUGUCCUCUCAGUGA